AUGUCGUUCAAGUCGCGUUCCUUCACGGGGGUGGCCAACGACAGCCAGAGCUCUGAGCAGCUGAUCAGACAGAAGAGGGACGAGUUCAUCGCGUCGCAGAACAAGUUUGGCUUUGGCAACGAGGUGUUUGGGGUGCCCUUGGAGAAGUCCAUCGAUGUGGCUGAAUCGCUCAUCUCCGUGCCCUCGGAGGACCCUGGUGACUUCAUCAGGUACGGGAGAAUCCCUUUGCUAGUUGGCAAAUGUGGUUCGUUCUUGAAGGAGAAGGGGUUGGGUGUUGAAGGAAUAUUCCGUGUGACGGGCUCCUCCAGACGGGUCAAGGAGCUGCAGUACAUCUUCAGCACGCCGCCCGAGUAUGGGCGUAAGCUAUCGUGGGACGGAUACACGGUGCACGACGCUGCGUCGCUAUUCAGAAGGUUCUUGAACAACUUGCCGGAACCGCUUGUUCCGCUUGACCUAUAUGAGCAGUUUAGAGAGCCCGUUCGCUCGAGACCAAGGAUCAUCGAGCACAGAAUCGCCAAAGAUUUACGUAGCGCCUUGAAGGAGUACCGUGUGCUGAUUGAUAAGUUACCCUUGGAGCAAAAGCACUUGCUCUACUAUCUCUUGGACCUGUUGACGAUGUUUGCAGAUAACGCAAAGAAGAACCUCAUGCCUGCGAGAAACCUAGCUGCGAUAUUCCAGCCCUCCAUACUUUCACACCCGGAUCAUGAUUUGAAUCCGGAUGAAUAUGCUCUUUCACAGGCAGUGGUGGAGGUGUUGAUUGAAUACUCCAAGAGACUUUUACCAGAUGUCAACAAGCGUCCAUCGGAACCACCAACCACGAGAAAUUCCAGUACAAAUUUGCUGUCAGUACCACAGUCAGCUUCAGGCUCAAGACCACAUUCUCGUUCGCUUUCAGCAGCUAAUGUUAUACCAGAUGUUAUCAACCCAACAACGUUGACCACACAUAUAAACCAUUCGGAGUCCAAUCUAUCAAAACAUUCUGGUGGAGAGAACACCACUGAUGAAGAUAUAGAGGCCCCAACGAAUACCAUCAAAUCAUCACCUAUUGAUAUCCCACAGAUUAACGUGUCAACGUUGAAUCCGAAUUCCAACUCUGAAACUGUGAAACCAGUAACUUCACCGAGGGCUGUCCAUAUGACUUCCAUAGAGUCUCGUGAUUCCCGUUGGAAGAGUGGCUCUGAUCUUGAAACACCAAGUGGUAACAAGAGAGAUUCGUGGUUCAAACGUUUACGGAGUCCAUCCAGAGGAAUCAAGGAUUAAGGGCGGAACGAAUCACAUGCUCAUGAUAUACCAACGAAAUCUUGUGGGAUUCACUAUCCAUUAUUCUAUCAACCAGAGACUAUGCUUUAAAUGCGAUUGUUUUAUUUGACUUUUUCUUUGUUUUUAUUGUUGUUGUUUACCCUUCAUCCGCUUUUUGUACAACCUUUUGGUUGAUGCUUGUUUAAUGCCCUUUUCAUUCUUUUGCUUUAAUUCUUAAAUACAAGUCCAAUUUUUUUCUGCAAUUAAUCAUCGAUUAGGAGAUAUUUAUCAUAUCAUUCCACAAUCUCAAUUUCAGAAUCUGUCUUUGGCUUUUUCGUGACGUGGGUAUCAUCAUAGUCUUGGGCUUUAGCCUUUCUCUUAUCAGGGGAGGUUGCUUCUUUAACGUCAACAAUAAGAAGAUCAUCAUCGUUAUCAUUAAUAAGCUCUACACCAUCU